GAAAGGGAACAGACUGUGUUUUUUGUAAAACCAGCUAACAGAGACACACGUGAGAAGAGAGCCAGCAGCCUGUGUCCCCCAAGAAAGGCCUCAAGGCUUCAAGCCUCAGCUAAGCUUGGCAAGAAUGUCAAUCAUGACCUUCCACCACUUCAGGCGGAAGUCAAAGCAAAGCCUCAGGGGAAUGAUUUCUACAAAGCAGCAGAAAACAUAGGCAACACCACCAGCAAAGUGGACAAUGCUAACACUAUGGCAAACAGAUUCAGGCUUUCCCGGGACAAAAGAGUAGCAAAAUCUCUAGCAAUUAUUGUCUGUGUGUUUGGUCUGUGCUGGGCUCCAUACACCCUUCUGAUGAUCAUCAGAGCAGCUUGUGGAGGGCACUGUGUGCCUCAUUCCCUCUAUGAGACUUCCUUUUGGCUUCUGUGGGUCAACUCAGCCAUCAACCCUGUUCUAUACCCACUGUGUCACAUGAGCUUUAGGAAAGCCUUUGUAAAACUCCUGUGUCCAGCGAAGGCCAAAAUUCAUCCUCACAUUUUUAUGUGA